GGAAUUGUCUGUUACAGUACCGCCACUGAUUCACUCAUAUUAUUCUGCUUGUAAUUUCUUCUUGUUCUUGUUUGAAUGGCGAUUGUACAUGAGGUAGUCGUGAGACUGGUUGUUGCGCUACUCGUUGUUACUCUCUUAUCUGGUCCGAUCUGCAUAUUUGGAAAACAAUCGCAAUCGGCGCUGAGAUUCGAUAGAAAUGGGGAGUUCAGAAUAUUGCAGGUUGCGGAUAUGCACUAUGCGGAUGGCAAAACCACCCCUUGCAAGGACGUGUUGCCGGAACAGGUCCCCGGUUGCUCAGACCUCAAUACCACCGCCUUCCUCAAACGCAUGAUCCUUGCCUUCCACCCUCACCUCAUCGUUUUCACUGGGGACAACAUCUUUGCAUCUGAUGCAACAGAUGCAGCUUCUUCCAUGAAUGCUGGUUUUGCCCCUGCAGUAUCGGCCAACAUCCCUUGGGUUGCUGUUCUGGGAAACCAUGACCAAGAAUCUACCCUUUCAAGGGAAGGAGUGAUGAAACAUAUUGUUGGUAUGAAGAACACCUUAUCUCAGCUUAAUCCUCCCGAGGUGCAUGUCAUUGAUGGUUUUGGGAACUAUAAUCUGGAAAUCCAUGGGAUUGAGGGUUCAAGUUUUGCAAAUAAGUCAGUUCUCAACCUCUACUUCCUUGACAGUGGUGAUUACUCGACAGUUCCCUCCAUCCACGGUUAUGGCUGGAUCAAACCCUCUCAGCAGCUUUGGUUCCAACGCACUUCCAUGAAGCUUCGGAGAGCAUACAUGAGCAAGCCAGAGGCCCAGAAAGCUCCUGCCCCAGGACUUGUGUACUUUCACAUUCCAUUGCCUGAAUAUUCCAGUUUUGACUCAUCAAACUUCACGGGUGUUAAACAAGAAAACAUUAGCUCUCCUUCGGUAAACUCUGGCUUCUUCACAACUAUGGUGGAAGCGGGUGAUGUGAAGGCCGUUUUUACUGGCCAUGAUCACGUCAAUGACUUUUGUGGUGAGCUAACUGGCAUACAUCUCUGUUAUGCUGGAGGCUUUGGAUACCAUGCUUAUGGGAAGGCUGGAUGGGCAAGGAGAGCAAGGGUAGUGGUAGCAUCUAUGGAGAAAACAGAGAAGGGAGGUUGGGGAACUGUAAAGUCUAUCAAAACGUGGAAGCACCUCGAUGAUGAAAAACUCACUGCUAUUGAAGGUCAAGUGCUUUGGAGCAAGAGUUCUGUUGGUAAUGCUUCUUCACUUGUACCGUAAGAAGCAUGGACAUGGGCAUGUGACACGAAAUGAACACAUUAACACAGAAAUUUUCAAAACAUGUAGGUCAUGACACAUGGGGACACUUGCAAAAUAUAUAAUUUUAUAUAUUUAUUAUGUUGUAUAUAAGGAUAAAUAAUUACUUUAUGUCAUAUAUAUGAUUAUUUAAGUUAAAUAUAAUAAUUUUUAAAGUCUAAA